AACCAGCUUGGUUCUGGUUUCUCAAACUCAAACCUCCCUUCCCAUUCUUCUUUAUCUUUAUCAGCACUCUUGUGAUUUUGAUUUCAGUAAUUAUGCAAAGCAAAAAAAAAAAUAUUUAUAUAUUCUUUGAAAGCUUGGGUUUGUUUUGGAUGGGAACUGAGAGAAGUGAAGAAACUGUGUUGCAGAAAGACGAGAAAUAUAAUGGUUGGGGAAUUGAGAGAGGGCACUGCUUGUUGUAUAAUUGUAAACUACUACAACCUUAUACAAGCUGGUCUUGUUUUAGACAAGGGUCUUACUGUUCUUCCACGUCUGUCUAACAACAUUCCUUUGAGUCCUUAAAAAAUCUUCUUAAAGAUCUUACCAAAACAAUUCACUCCCAUAACACCUUUUUUUUAACAAGAAGAAGAGAUCUGUUGGAAAUUUGCUUGUUUUCAUCAAGCCAUGAACAGAUCAAUUGGAAGCUCAGAUUCAUUGGGUGCUUUGGUGUCCAUCUGUCCAACUACGGAUGAACAUAGUCCGACAAACGACCAUAUAUACAGCGGGGAGUUCCAGUCGAUGUUGGAGGGAUUAGAUGAAGAAGGGUGCCUUGAAGAAUUGGGGCACGUUUCUGAGAAGAAGAGGAGAUUAAGUGUGGAUCAAGUUAAGGUGUUGGAGAAGAAUUUCGAGGUCGAAAACAAGCUUGACCCCGACAGGAAAUUGAAACUAGCUCAAGAACUGGGGUUGCAACCCAGGCAAGUUGCUGUCUGGUUCCAAAACCGCCGUGCUAGAUGGAAGACCAAGCAAUUGGAAAGGGACUACGGCCUUCUCAAAACCAGUUUUGAUACUCUUAAGGCCAAUUAUGAAGCUCUGCAGCAUGAUAAUGAAGGUCUUCUCAAGGAGAUAAGAGAGUUGCAGGCAAAGCAGAGUGGGGAGACAACUGUGAGCAUUGUUUCGGUGAAAGAGGAGAUGAUUGUGCACGAAGCUACUGAUGACAAAACACAAGAACCCUCUGAGCCUGCAGAUCUCAACUAUGAGAGCUUCAACCACAGCAAUGGAUCAUUCGGCGCCACCCUUUUCCCGGACUUGAAAGACGGCUCAUCGGACAGUGACUCCAGUGCUAUCUUGAAUGAGGACAUCAUCAUCAACAACAACAACAACAACGUGGCUAUUUCUUCAUUGUUGAUAUCAUCGACAACAUCAUCUUCUUCACCGUUCUCCAUGGAUUGCUUCAAUGUCUCCAAGACAACAUGUCUACCCCACCAGUAUGUGAAGAUGGAAGAACAUAAUUUCUUCACUGCAGAUGAUGAAGCCUGCAACUUCUUCUCGGAUGAGCAAGCUCCGAGUCUUCAUUGGUAUUGUCCUGAACAGUGGAACUGAAGGAAAAAACAACCAUCAUGUAACUAUGGGACCAUACCAAAUUCAAGGAAAUGAAGAUCCCAGAAUUUUCUAAGAUGGGAAUCAUGUGAGAAUAUAAACUACUACCAGUAAAACGGAAUUUGGAGAAGAUGAAGAAGAAAGAAGAAGGAUUCACGUGGGAUGGGAAAAGGUGACAAACACCAAAGUGGGGGGGGGGGCCUGCCGGAAUGAUUAGAUCGUAAUUGGAAGCUUUUAAAUUUUUCUCCUGUGCUGUAAGUGGAAAAUUCUCCGUAAUCCAUUGGUGGAAAGUGAAACUCCCAUGAAUGGAGAGAAGC